AGAGCGCAGAACAAGAAGCUGUACCUGGCCGCCUUCGCCGCUGUCCUGGGACCGCUGAGCUUCGGCUUCGUGCUCGGCUACAGCUCUCCUGUCAUUCCAGAGCUGAGGAAAAUCGCCGAUCCUCAAUUAAGGCUGGACAGCAACCAGGCCUCGUGGUUUGGGUCAGUAGUAACAUUAGGAGCUGCUGCCGGAGGAAUACUAGGAGGCUAUCUUGUGGAUAAAGUUGGGAGAAAGCUGAGUCUAAUGCUGUGCUCAGUGCCAUACGUUUUUGGAUAUAUAGUUAUUAUAUCUGCUCCGAGUGUUUGGAUGCUUUAUUUUGGACGAAUAUUGACAGGCUUAGCCAGUGGAAUUACUUCACUUGUUGUUCCAGUGUAUAUAUCUGAAGUGUCUCAUCCUAAAGUCCGUGGUAUGCUUGGCUCUUGUGUUCAGUUGAUGGUGGUAACUGGCAUACUGGGAGCCUACAUUGCAGGAAUAACGCUAAAAUGGCGCUGGCUGGCCAUGCUGUGUUCUCUCCCAUCCUGCAUAAUGCUGUUGGUCAUGUCCUUCAUGCCUGAAACACCGAGAUUUUUGCUGAAUCAGAACAAACGCUCAGAAGCCAUAGCCGCUUUGCGCUUUCUGCGGGGACCCCGUGUGGACCAUGAAUGGGAAUGUAGGCAGAUUGAAGCUAGUGUUCAGGAGGAGGGACUGAGUCUCUCUGACUUUAAGAACCCCUCAAUCUACAAGCCACUUCUUAUUGGUGUGGCUCUAAUGUUCUUCCAGCAAGUAACAGGCAUUAAUGCAGUUAUGUUUUAUGCAGAAACUAUCUUUGAAGAUGCAUGCUUCAGGGACAGCAGAAUGGCUUCUGUUGUUGUGGGUUCCAUACAAGUGUGUUUCACUGCUGUGGCUGCACUUAUCAUAGAUAAAACGGGACGAAAAGUGCUGCUUUACAUAUCUGGGAUAAUCAUGGCUCUCAGUACUGCAUUGUUUGGGCUUUACUUUAAAAUGGUCCUUCCAAAUCGAAACAACUCAUCAAAUCCUGAUGUAUGGUUCACCCUAAAUUCAGCAUCCCCGGGGACACAAAGCAGCAUAUCCUGGCUUGCAGUAGUGAGUCUAGGGCUCUUUGUUGCUGGUUUUGCCCUUGGCUGGGGUCCUGUUCCAUGGCUGGUGAUAUCUGAAAUCUUUCCACUUAAAGCUAGAGGCAUAUUGAGCAGUGCCUGUGUGUUAACAAACUGGGUUAUGGCCUUCUUGGUAACCAAAGAAUUUCAUGAUUUUAUAGGUUUCUUAACAUCCUAUGGCACAUUCUGGCUCUUCUCAGCCUUCUGCUGCCUCAAUGUAACUUUUACAGCCUUUUAUGUUCCUGAAACAAAAGGACAGACCCUGGAGCAAAUUGAGGCCUACUUCAGAAGAUCUUAA